AUGUCCGCCACACAAAAGCCAGUGUCCAGCGAGGAUAUUUUAGGCCAGAAAGACGGACAUGGCCCAUCGCGCUAUCCACUGGCUUUGGAGCGGGAGCGGCCUGGGCUGACUGCGACCGCUCAUUCAACCCCGCCAGAAUCCCCGGCACACGCAUCAUCCCCCAAUCAGAAGCUCCACCAAGCAAAUAAGCGCGUUUCUCGUUCCAUGUGA